AUGGAAAUUCUCAACAGAAUACACAUCGCUUUACAUAAUGCGGGUAUGGCCAAUAGAAUACUUAAACCACAGCAAAUACAAUGUUUUGAUUACAUUUGUAAGGGACAUGAUGUUAUUGCAGUUUUGCCUACUGGAUUUGGAAAGUCAGUUUUAUUUCAGUUGCUUCCAGACAUAUUGCCGACAAAAACAACAAUCAACAUUGUUAUUGUGCUGUGCCCUCUUUCGUCUAUCAUCGAGGAUCAGCUGCACAGUCUUAAGAUAAUGAGUAUUAACGCCGGUGUUCUUCCAUCACGUUACGAAAACGAAAAUUGUGAAACGCUAUUCAACAAUGAAGAUAUGGGCAUGGCAGCCGACAUCCAUUUGCCAGACGAUCUUGUAAAUGGGCUUACCAGCAUAGUUUUCGCUCAUCCUGAAGAUCUCCUUUCUGAUGUUGGCAGAAAACUUAUGAAAUCAGAUGUCUAUCAGAAGAAUGUUGUAGCCUGUGUAAUCGACGAAGGUCAUUGUGUGGAAAUGUGGUAAGUAAAAUGUCCAUGUUAUUUAUAAAUGCAUCAACAUUUACAACAAAUUGCAUUAAACUCUUCUUUUAACAUUUUAUCUGAUUUGUUUUAAUAUCAGUUUUAGUACUACUAAAGUGAACUCCAACCAGUAUUGUGUGUUAAUCAGAGAGCCAAAUUGUUUGUUGUGAGAUGAAAGGCAAAGGCUUGCAAAGCCCAACCACUGCCCCCCCCCCCAUCUCAGUCUUGCACCUAUGCACUUUGGUUUGCACCAUCCCCACUGAACACUUGCCAGAAAUCUUCUAUGUCUGGCAAAUAAGAAAACCCCUGCUAAGACAAAAUUUGUUUAUAAAUGUGAUUCUUAUAAAAUGCCUUUCCUAGAUUUUGUGCUAUGGGUUAUAACAAUUUAUAUAAACAGUUGUUUUAAUGUUAUAGGGGGAAUGACUUCAGAAAGGAUUUUAAAGGACUGUCAUGUCUGAAGGCAAUGUUUCCCUCAGUUCCAACCUUGGUCCUCACUGCUACUGCACCACCCCAGCUCAUCUUGGAUUUGAAAAAAAGUUUGUGUUUAAGUGACAACUGCAAAGUAAUAAAAAAAAACCCUAACAGGAGCAAUAUAUUUCUGGAUCGUGAAAAGCGCUUGAGCAACAACCAUGGAUAUGAUAGUUACUCAGCAAUACUUAAACCAAUUGCUGAAGAUCUUUUGAAUCAAGGUACAAAUUAUCCUAUUACAAUCAUAUAUAUGAAACUCAAAUACUGUGGUUUUGCAUACUCAUUGUUUAACAAAACUUUACAAGAGAAACAGUAUGAUGGUUCUGAGAAAACCCCCUCUUCACGAUUAUUUGCACAGUUUCAUUCACCACAAACAAGGAAAAUGAAGCAAGAGAUAAUUACUGAACUUAAAAAAGAACAUUCAAGAAUACGUGUUAUUUUUGCAACUACAGCAUUAGGGAUGGGUGUUGAUGCACCCUAUGUUAGCAAUGUCAUUCAUAUUGGACCAUCAUCGAACUUGGAAUGUUACUUUCAAGAAAUUGGCAGAGCUGGACGUAGUGGACACCCAGCUAAAGCAACAAUCUAUUUUAAUAACUCGGACAUAGCUGCUAACAAAUGCACCAUUAAUGAUGCAAUGAAAUGGUACUGUCAAUCUGAUGGUGUUUGCCUUAGAAAAAUAUUGCUUGAGUAUUUUGGUUUUCACAAUGUUGUGCAGAAAAAUUGUUGCCGUGUUUGCAAUGGUUUUGAUUACAAUGCAUCACAAACAGUGGCUGUUAAAAUACCUGUUAACCAAACCAAAGUUCGCACAUUAUCUGUUGCGGACGUGCCAGUGUUGUUCAAACAAUUGCAACAAGUACUUUUAGAAUGUGAGAAACUUUUGAAUGACAGUAAAUACACUGCACUAUAUCAUCAUGGAGUUUUACCUUCGGCAAGUGAAAUAAUGGAGAGUAUUGAGUUUAUUUUAAACGAGGACGAUUUAUUGAAAAAUUUUAGCAUAUAUGAUGAACUUUGUGCAUCUAAACUAAUUGCUCUUCUUGAUAUUUAUGCUCCUGCAAUCUAG